CCUCCACCCUCUCUGUUAUCUUCCACGUUAAGCAUUCAAUCCGAGAAGAGUUUAGGGCUCGUUUCCACACUGAUCCGCCCAAAACAGUUCGUUUUCUCCGCCGCAGAUCUCCGCCGCGUGGUUUCUGAUGGACGAGUCUUUCAACCUCCCUACCAGCCACUUGCUCGGCUCAGUUCCGGCUGUUGUCACAGAAGAAAAGAACAACACUAAUCGUGAAGAUCCUGAAGCAAAUCUGCAGAUAUUUCCUCCAAAUAAUGGUGGGAAUGCUGGUCAGGGAACUCCUGCAGGUCCAAGUGAAGGAGAUGGGCAGCAAUCAGCAAACAAUUGGAAAGGAGUGUUUAGUAUAUCUUCAUAUACCCAAUAUUUUAAUGUAGAUACAGAUGUUGUGUUAAACAGAUUGAUGUGUUCUUUGAAUCCUACAAGUGGUGAUUUCUUCAACAAAAUUGAUGCUAACCCUGAUCUUUAUGGGCUUGUCUGGAUCUCAACAACUUUGGUAGCUGCAAUUUCUUCCUUUGGAAACUUGGCUACCUAUCUAAUGCAUAAGCAAGGUGAUACUGCUUCUACUAGGGCAUUUGACGUCGGCUAUAUGAGUGUGGCUGCAUUUUCUGUAUACGGUUAUGCAUUCAUUGUGCCACUGGGGUUUUACUUCUUGCUUCAGUACUUGGGUUCUAAUGCUAACCUCGUACGCUUUUGGUGCUUGUGGGCAUAUUCUCUCUUCGUUUUUAUUCUCAGCUCUUUUCUCUUGAUCAUCCCAGUGGAAUUUAUCAAGUGGAUCGUCAUAUUACUCACUGGUGCAAUGUCAGGCGCUUUUGUUACAUUAAAUCUUAAAAGCUUUGUACAGACAAAUGAUCUUGCCAUUGUGCCCAUUGCUGCUUUUGUCCUACAAAUGGGCCUGGCAAUCUUCAUCAAGAUGUGGUUCUUUCCUUGAGUGUGGUGGCUGUAGUGAAGUUUAUUUUUCACUCCCGGGAGUUGAGAACUUCCUAAUGGCCUGCUCAGAUAGUUAUGAAGAACUUGGAGUGUUAAUCUAGAGAAAUAUUUAAUGAGAUAUCUUAGGGAAAUGCUGAGCAUGAGAACUGCUACUGUUAAAAAUUUGUUAUGUAUAGAUAGCAUAUAUAUAGUUGUGGUGUAGGGUUUUUGGGAGACUCAAAUCAGGACAGUAGCUGAAUUUUUAUGAUAUGAAAAUAUCCCUCUUGUAAAUAAAUAUAAGCUGAUUGCUUAUUAGAGCAAUGUUUUGCUAUCAGAUAAGUGCAGCGCAAUAUAUUGUGUUUGA